CCUCCUCCGUCUUUCUCCACUUCUUCACCGCUCAUUCGUUCAUUCUCACUCCUUCUCUAUCCGAGUGCACGCAGCUGUGUGAAAGAUGGCAGAAGCUUUCGUCGGCACGUGGAACCUUAAGGAGAGCAAGAAUUUCGAUGAGUAUAUGAAAGCCCUUGGUGUCGGUUUUGCGACACGCCAGGUCGGCAGCAUGACCAAACCCACCACCAUCAUUUCUGUUGAUGGUGAUGUCAUCACACUAAAGACAGUAAGCACCUUCAAGAGUACGGAAAUCAAAUUCAAGCUGGGAGAGGAGUUCGAGGAGUGCACAGCAGACGAUCGUAAAGUCAAGUCAGUGGUGACCCUUGAUGGGAACAAGCUGGUACACGUUCAGAAAUGGGAUGGCAAGGAGACGUCACUUGUCCGAGAAGUUAGCGAAAACAGUCUCACACUGACACUAACUCUUGGCGACGUGGUCAGCACACGAUUCUACGUGAAAGGAGAGUGAAUAUUCUCCCACAACUGUCUGUUCUUACUGAAAAAAGCCUUUGCCUUGUGAAGUGUUUCCUACUGUUUGUCAGUAGUUCCACAGUGGUCCAUGUUUUUAAGAAAGAAAUAAAGCCUCAGCUUGCAUCCCCAUAAA